AUGUCCGGCGGUACCCGAUUCGUCAUAACCGGCCUUACUUCACCGGCUUUCGCGUUCUGUAGCAAAGUCGAAAAACAUUACCUCAGCGAAUUCUGCUUUCGCACGCACUAUGUGUGGAUAAUGAAGAACUGCAUGGUUAUCGAGCCUUGCUCGACAACCGAUCAUCAGUACAUGGAGUUCACGAACCUGAUCGGGCUCCAAGGGAAAUUCUACGCCAUUAGCCGGCAGGGGAGCCUUGCAGUUAUCGAGGACAGGGAUGGUUCGAAGGAUUACGAAAUUACCCGUUUGGGAAAAAACCGAGCUGUUCCUAGUAAGGCAUGCCGGCACUUUAGGGAGCAUUUGUUCUUGUACAAAGGUGGAAUCUUUUUGGUGUUUUUGCUGUCGAGGGCUUCCGUGGAUGUGGUGGAUGACGUGGAGGUUUUCGGGCUGGAUGAGUCUAGUCUGUGUUGGAAGAGAGUGGAGAAGCUUCCGGAUGAUACCGUGUUUUUCGUGGAGGACAAAUGUUGCUUGGGGGGCUCGACGGCGAGUUUAUUUGGGCGCAAUAGGGAGGAAAACUGCGUGUACUUCACGUACGAGAGGGCCGAUACUUGGUUUUGUUUCGACAUGAAAACGAGCCGCAUUUCGGCUACAGAGGGACCGGUGGACGAUCUUGAUUAA